CGGACUUGAGAAGUCGGUGGGGUCGCCCCGGGUCCUCGCCGCGCGGACGGAGAUGCUACCCCGGGCGCGGGCGGUGGGCGAGAGGAUGAGGCAGCGGCUGCGGCUGGACGCGGGGCGCGAGCUCUGCCGCCAGUAUCCGCUGUUCUGCUUCCUGCUGCUUGGCCUCAGCGCCGCCUCCCUGCUUCUCCACAGGUAUCUUCAUGUUUUAAUGAUCUUCUGGUCAUUUGUUGCUGGAGUUGUCACAUUCUACUGCUCAUUAGGACCUGAUUCUCUCUUACCAAAUAUAUUCUUCACAAUAAAAUACAAACCCAAGUUAGCACUUCAAGAAUUAUUUCCUCAAGGUCAUAGCUGUGCUGUUUGUGGUAAAGUGAAAUGUAAACGACAUAGGCCAUCCUUGCUGCUUGAAAACUACCAGCCAUGGCUAGACCUGAAAAUUCCUUCCAAGGUUGAUGCAUCUCUCUCAGAGGUUCUUGAAUUAGUGUUGGAAAACUUUGUUUAUCCAUGGUACAGGGAUGUGACAGAUGAUGAGUCCUUUGUUGAUGAACUGAGAGUAACAUUACGGUUUUUUGCAUCUGUUUUAAUACGAAGAAUUCACAAGGUGGAUAUUCCAUCUAUUAUAACCAAGAAACUAUUAAAAGCAGCAAUGAAGCAUAUAGAAGUGAUAGUUAAAGCCAGACAGAAAGUAAAAAAUACGGAGUUUUUACAGCAGGCUGCUUUGGAAGAAUAUGGUCCAGAGCUUCACGUUGCUUUGAGAAGUCGAAGAGAUGAAUUACACUAUUUAAGGAAACUUACUGAACUACUUUUUCCAUAUAUUUUGCCUCCUAAAGCAACAGACUGCAGAUCCUUGACCUUACUUAUAAGAGAGAUUCUGUCUGGUUCUGUGUUCCUUCCUUCUUUGGAUUUCCUAGCUGAUCCAGAUACUGUGAAUCAUUUGCUUAUCAUCUUCAUAGAUGACAGUCCACCUGAAAAAGCAACUGAACCAGCUUCUCCUUUGGUUCCAUUCUUGCAGAAAUUUGCAGAACCUAGAAAUAAAAAGCCGUCUGUGCUGAAGUUAGAACUGAAGCAAAUCAGAGAGCAGCAGGAUCUUCUGUUUCGUUUCAUGAAUUUUCUGAAACAAGAAGGAGCAGUUCACGUCCUGCAGUUUUGUCUGACUGUGGAGGAAUUUAAUGAUAGGAUUUUGCGGCCAGAGUUAUCAAAUGAUGAAAUGCUAUCUCUUCAUGAAGAGUUGCAGAAGAUUUAUAAAACUUACUGUUUGGAUGAAAGUAUUGACAAAAUUAGAUUUGAUCCCUUCAUUGUGGAAGAGAUUCAAAGAAUUGCUGAAGGUCCAUAUGUAGAUGUUGUGAAACUUCAAACAAUGAGAUGUCUUUUUGAAGCAUAUGAACAUGUUCUUUCUCUCUUGGAGAAUGUGUUCACCCCUAUGUUCUGCCACAGUGAUGAGUAUUUCAGACAACUCUUAAGAGGUGCAGAAUCACCAACACGCAAUUCAAAAUUCAACAGAGGUAGCCUAAGUUUGGAUGAUUUUCGGAGCACACAGAAAAGAGGAGAAUCAUUUGGAAUCAGCAGAAUAGGGAGCAAAAUUAAGGGAGUGUUUAAGAGUACCACAAUGGAGGGAGCUAUGUUACCUAAUUAUGGUUUAGCAGAAGGUGAAGAUGAUUUUAUUGAAGAAGGUAUUGUUGUGAUGGAAGAUGACUCUCCAGUCGAAGCUGUGAGUACACCUAAUACUCCCCGGAACUUGGCUGCCUGGAGAAUCAGCAUUCCAUAUGUAGAUUUCUUUGAGGAUCCCUCCUCUGAACGGAAAGAAAAAAAGGAAAGAAUUCCUGUGUUUUGUAUUGAUGUUGAAAGAAAUGAUAGAAGAGCAGUUGGGCAUGAGCCUGAACAUUGGUCUGUCUAUAGAAGAUACCUUGAAUUUUAUGUACUUGAAUCAAAACUAACAGAAUUUCAUGGCACAUUUCCUGAUGCUCAGCUUCCUUCUAAGAGGAUUAUUGGCCCCAAAAACUAUGAAUUCUUAAAGUCAAAGAGAGAAGAAUUUCAGGAAUAUCUACAGAAACUUCUGCAGCAUCCUGAACUGAGUAAUAGUCAACUUCUAGCUGACUUUCUCUCCCCUAAUGGUGGGGAGACACAAUUUCUCGAUAAGAUAUUACCAGAUGUAAAUCUUGGCAAAAUUAUAAAAUCUGUUCCUGGAAAACUAAUGAAAGAGAAAGGUCAGCAUUUGGAACCUUUUAUCAUGAAUUUCAUUAAUUCUUGUGAAUCUCCAAAGCCUAAACCAAGUAGACCAGAACUGACCAUACUCAGCCCCACUUCUGAAAACAACAAGAAGCUUUUCAAUGAUCUGUUUAAGAAUAAUGCAAACCGUGCUGAGAAUACAGAGAGAAAGCAAAAUCAGAAUUAUUUUAUGGAGGUGAUGACUAUAGAAGGAGUCUAUGAUUACCUGAUGUAUGUAGGACGGGUGGUUUUCCAGGUUCCUGACUGGCUUCAUCAUCUCUUAAUGGGAACGCGAAUCCUCUUCAAAAACACAUUAGAAAUGUACACUGACUACUAUCUUCAGUGUAAACUAGAACAGCUCUUUCAGGAGCAUCGUUUAGUCUCACUCAUAACACUUCUCAGAGAUGCUAUAUUCUGUGAAAACACUGAGCCUCGCUCUCUCCAGGAAAAGCAAAAAGGAGCAAAGCAGACUUUUGAAGAAAUGAUGAAUUAUAUUCCAGAUCUGAUAGUCAGGUGUAUUGGCGAAGAAACCAAGUAUGAAAGCAUCAGACUUCUAUUUGAUGGCUUUCAGCAGCCAGUACUCAACAAGCAGCUUACUUAUAUGUUAUUGGACAUUGUGAUACAGGAGCUGUUUCCAGAACUGACCAAGGUACAAAAAGAAGUUACCUCUGUGUCAUCCUGGAUGUAAACGUUUGUAUUUGAUAUAGAAUAAUCUUUUAAAAUUUCUGCUGUUUCUGCUAGUGUAGUAGAAAUGUACAUUUUUCUUUUACUUUUGUAUAUUAUAUAUAUCAUGUACUUCAGUGGCUAAAAUUUUAAUUGUUUUGGUUUUAAUAAAGACUUAUACAAAUUUAAUAAUGAUUAACAGU